AUGUCGCCGAUAUCAAUGAUCCAUGGUAGGUCAGUAAACAUCAACAAUCCGACCAGUACGGCCGAUUACUUCGCCGCACAAUCAGUGAACCCAGGGGACAUAUUUUCUAUUCUGCUACUUCUUGGCCCUGAACUUGCGGGACGUCAGAUCACACCGGUGGCAUUUUCGUUCGGCUGGGUCGCCUAUGUAAUAAAGGCUCUACUUUCAGCUGUUGGCGGUAAUUCACUCGCUAUAUCAAAACAAGCUUCUUUUCUAAUUUUAACAGAUGGAAAGUUGAUGCCACCGAUAGAGAACACAAGCAUGUUGAUUAUCGCUGCUGAAAGUGGCCAUAGCCGGACAACGACCUCAUGGGUUCUUGGCAGACUACUUCGAGAUAUAAGUGAUAGACUGGAUGAAGAGAUGAGUGUCAAACAACCUUCGAAACCAUGGGAAGCGCUUCGAAUAGCAGUCUAUGGGGUUUUAGAUGACGAAAACAUUGAGCAUAGGUUGCCUGAGAGACUAUAUUUGGCUUUCAGGCUUUAUGUCAAUAAAGAGUGGGGAACCUUCAUGGUGACUUACUAUAGCAACAUUCUUGCCCUAUCAGAAGGUUCACUGCCUCAGUGGAGGCGUAGCCCGACUAUCAUACUCACCAAAGGAAACGGCAGCCGCUUUACUAUAGUUAUUCUAGGUAAAAAGAAUAUUGGUUUAGGUCUCGAGAUUUUAGCUCGCGGGACCAGAACUGCACCAGCGUCUCUAUUUACGAGGCUGGCUACAUCAUUCUUCGCCUUGAAUUGGAUUAUUCUUCUAAUACUAGCGACUAGCUUAAAGAUAGAUACCUAG